GAGUGGGCCAAGCGGGGCGGGGCGGGCGGUGGAUCAUUAACCCGGGAGCCCUGGCGGGUGCCGGGCGGCCCUAUUGGUCCCCCACCAUCAGGCCAGGCUGUCCCUGGCAGGAGGCUGCCCUGCUGGUGCCCCCUGGACCCAGCCCUUCGCUGAGCCCGACUGUCCGUGGCCUCAGUUCCCUCUCGCCCCUUCCUGGCGCCGGGAUGGCAGAGGCCCGCCCGCGGGGCUGGCUGCUCUGGGUGCUGCUCCUGCAGGCGGCCCAGGCCCAGCCGUACACGCCCAUCCACCAGCCCGGCUACUGCGCCUUCUACGACGAGUGCGGAAAGAACCCCGAGCUGUCGGGAAGCCUGGCGGGCCUGGCCAACGUGUCCUGCCUGAACAACACGCGUGCCCCCCGCGUCACGGGCGACCACCUGGCCCUGCUGCAGCGCGUCUGCCCCCGCCUCUACGCCGGCCCCGACGCCACCUUCGCCUGCUGCUCCCGGAAGCAGCUGCUGUCGCUGGAGAACAGCAUGGCCAUCACCAAGGCGCUGCUGACCCGCUGCCCCGCCUGUGCGGACAACUUCGUGAGCCUGCACUGCCACAACACCUGCAGCCCCGACCAGAGCACCUUCGUCAACGUGACGCGGGUGGCCGUGCGGGGGGCCGGCAAGCCCCCGGCCGUGGUGGCCUACGAGGCCUUCUACCGGCGCAGCUUCGCCGAGCGGACCUAUGACUCCUGCAGCCGGGUGCGCAUCCCCGCGGCCGCCACGCUGGCUGUGGGCGCCAUGUGCGGGGUCUACGGCUCCGCCCUCUGCAACGCCCAGCGCUGGCUCAACUACCAGGGCGACACGAGCAAUGGCCUGGCCCCGCUGGACAUCACCUUCCACCUGUGGGAGCCCGACCAGGCCGCAGGGAGCCCCAUGCAGCCCCUGGACGCGGAGCUCACCCCCUGCAACCAGUCCCAGGGCGGGGCGGCCGCCUGCUCCUGCCAGGACUGCGCGGCGUCCUGCCCCGCCAUCGACCGGCCCGAGGCCCUGGACGCCACCUUCCGCCUGGGCCGCCUGGCGGGCGGGCUGGCCCUCAUCCUCAUCCUGUGCUCCGUCCUGGCCGUGCUCACAGCCUUCCUCGUGGGCACCCGCCUGCUCUCCAGGACCCGGGACCCCAAGGCCGGCCCCAGCGUCUCCAACACGCUCAGCCUCUCCACCCACACCUUCCUCAGCGCCUGCUUCGAGGGCUGGGGCACGUGGGUGGCCUCCUGGCCGUGGACCGUCCUGCUGGUGUCCACGGCUGUGGUGGCGGCCUUGGCCGGAGGGCUGGCCUUCACGAAACUGACCACAGACCCCGUGGAGCUGUGGUCGGCCCCCAACAGCCAGGCCCGGCGGGAGAAGGCGUUCCACGACCAGCACUUUGGGCCCUUCUUCCGCACCAACCAGGUGAUCCUGACGGCGCCCAGCCGGCCCAGCUACCAGUACGACUCCCUGCUGCUGGGGCCCAAGACCUUCGGGGGGGUGCUGGGCACGGACCUGCUGCUGGCGCUGCUGGAGCUGCAGGAGCGGCUGCGGCACCUACAGGUGUGGUCGCCCCAGGAGCAGCGCAACGUCUCCCUGCGGGACGUCUGCUACGCGCCCCUGAACCCCAACAACGCCAGCCUCGCCGACUGCUGCAUCAACAGCCUCCUGCAGUACUUCCAGAGCAACCGCACGCGCCUGCUGCUCACCGCCAACCAGACGCUCACGGGGCAGACGGCCCAGGUGGACUGGAGGGACCACUUCCUCUACUGCGCCAAUGCCCCGCUCACCUUCAAGGAUGGCACGGCCCUGGCCCUGAGCUGCAUGGCUGACUACGGGGCCCCCGUCUUCCCUUUUCUUGCCGUGGGGGGCUACAAAGGGAACGACUACUCAGCGGCCGAGGCCCUGAUCCUGACCUUCUCCCUCAACAACUACCCUCCCGGCGACCCCCGGCUGGCCCAGGCCCGGCUCUGGGAGGGGGCCUUCCUGGAGGAGAUGCGAGCCUUCCAGCAGCAGAUGGCCGGCACGCUCCAGGUCACCUUCAUGGCGGAGCGCUCCCUGGAGGACGAGAUCAGCCGGACCACAGCCGAGGACCUGCCCAUCUUUGCCAUCAGCUACCUGGUCAUCUUCCUGUACAUCUCCCUGGCCCUGGGCGGCUACACUAGCUGGCGCCGCAUGCUGGUGGACGCCAAGGUCACGCUGGGCCUGGGCGGGGUGGCCGUGGUGCUGGGCGCUGUGAUGGCUGCCAUGGGCCUCUUCGCCUACCUGAGCGUCCCUUCCUCCCUGGUGGUUCUGCAAGUGGUACCUUUCCUGGUGCUGGCUGUGGGGGCGGACAACAUCUUCAUCUUCGUCCUGGAGUACCAGAGGCUGCCCCGGAGGCCUGGGGAGCGGCGGGAGGUGCACAUCGGCCGGGCGCUGGGCCGUGUGGGGCCCAGCAUGCUGCUGUGCAGUAUCUCCGAGGCCGUCUGCUUCUUCCUGGGGGCCCUGACCCCCAUGCCUGCCGUGCGGACCUUUGCGCUGACCUCUGGCCUCGCCCUGAUCCUGGACUUCCUGCUGCAGAUGUCGGCCUUCGUGGCCCUGGUGUCCCUCGACAGCAGGAGGCAGGAGGCCUCCCGGCUGGACGUCUGCUGCUGCCUGCGCGCCCAGGAGCUGCCGGCUCCCAGCCAACGCGAGGGGCACCUGCUCCGGUUCUUCCGCAAGGUCUACGCCCCUUUCCUGCUGCACCGGGUCACCCGCGUGGUUGUGGUGCUGCUGUUCCUGGCCCUGUUCGGGGUGGGCCUCUACUUCAUGUGCCACAUCAGUGUGGGGCUGGACCAGGAGCUGGCCCUGCCCAAGGACUCGUACCUGCUGGACUAUUUCCUCUUUCUGAACCGCUACUUUGAGGUGGGGGCCCCGGUCUACUUUGUCACCACCGGGGGCUACAACUUCUCCAGCACGGCGGGCAUGAACAACAUCUGCUCCAGCGCCGGCUGCGAAAGCUUCUCCUUAACCCAGAAGAUCCAGUACGCCACCGAGUUCCCCGAGCAGUCUUACCUGGCCAUCCCCGCCUCCUCCUGGGUGGAUGACUUCAUUGACUGGCUGACACCAUCCUCCUGCUGCCGCCUUUAUGCCUUUGGCCCCAACAAGGACCAGUUCUGCCCCUCGACUGUCAACUCGCUGGCCUGCUUGAAGAACUGUGUGGGUUUCACCCUCGGCCCCGUGCGGCCAUCGGUGGACCAGUUCCACAAGUACCUUCCCUGGUUCCUCGGCGACGCGCCCAACAUCAAGUGUCCCAAAGGGGGCCUGGCAGCAUACAGCACCUCCGUGAAGCUGGACCGCGACGGCCAGGUUUUGGCCUCGCGCUUCAUGGCUUACCACAAGCCCCUGAAGAACUCGCAGGACUACACAGAGGCUCUGCGGGCGGCGCGGGCCCUGGCUGCCAACAUCACUGCCAGCCUGCGGAAGGUGCCAGGCACCGACCCAGCCUUCGAGGUCUUCCCCUACACGAUCACCAACGUGUUCUACGAGCAGUACCUGACGGUGGUGCCCGAGGGGCUCUUCAUGCUCAGCCUCUGCCUGGUGCCCACCUUUGCCGUCUGCUGCCUGCUGCUGGGCAUGGACCUCCGCUCCGGCCUCAUCAACCUCUUCUCCAUCAUCAUGAUCCUGGUGGACACCGUGGGCUUCAUGGCCCUGUGGGGCAUCAGCUACAACGCCGUGUCCCUCAUCAACCUGGUCACGGCCGUGGGCAUCUCUGUGGAGUUCGUGUCCCACAUCACCCGGUCCUUUGCGGUCAGCACCAAGCCCACCCGGCUGGAGAGGGCCAAGGAGGCCACCAUCUCCAUGGGCAGUGCGGUGUUCGCUGGCGUGGCCAUGACCAACCUGCCCGGCAUCCUCAUCCUGGGCCUGGCGAAGGCCCAGCUCAUCCAGAUCUUCUUCUUCCGCCUCAACCUCCUCAUCACGCUGCUGGGCCUGCUGCACGGCCUGGUCUUCCUGCCGGUCAUCCUGAGCUACCUGGGGCCUGACAUCAACAUGGCUCUGGUGUUGGAGCAGAGGCGGGCAGAGGAGGCGGCUGCGGCCAGGAAAGCCUCCUGCAAAAAGCACUCCUUCCCGGUGAGCUGGGCCAACGGCACCUACGUCAACCACGGCUUCCAGCAUCCUGCCGAGAGUGGGGUCAGCUUCGGCGACCCUCCACCCCAGUGAGCAGAGCUCUGCGCAGGCUCCAGGGGCCGAGAGGGUUCCCAUGGGGACCAUGACCUGCUUCCCUCCCCCUCCCCCAGGUCCUGGAGGGGGUGCUCUGCCUAUGGGGUGCUCACAUUGGGACUCCCUCUGACCACCAGGUGCCCAGGCACCCUCCACCCUGGCAGCAGGUCCCUGGCUCCAAGUCACUCAAGCCUUGGUCAGCACACACUUGCCUCCUUCUUCCCGGGACCUGGGUCUUGGGGCCCAGACACAGACAGGCUGGCCUGGUUCCCGACUCAGACUCGGCCACAGCUGCCCCUUUCCACCCACCUCCCCUUCAGUGAAACAAAGUCCCACUUGGUGUCAGUGAGUCUUCAGCUCUGUCCAGUAUCCCUGAGAACCAAGAGCACGACCCACCCUGCAGGCAGCCGGAGGGGGCGGGGGGGGCUCUGCACCUCACCCAGGAGGGUGUCCCGGAAAGGACGCUGGUCAGGGAUUGGUCCCACUGGAAAGUGCCGUUCAGUGUGGCCUCCAGCUCCACCGGUUAUUGAGGUGGUUGCUGCCAGUCAAGGCUGCCGUGUGUCUUCAAGGCUGUGAGCUCCCGGGGACAGGCCUGGAGCGCUGGGGCGGCUCAACCCAGCCCAACCUCAGCCUCCGUGGAGAAGCACCAGCCGAGGACGCCCCUGCUCAGUGCCGUGCGCAGGAGGAAGACUGUGUCUGCUGGGCACAAAUGGAGUUUGUGUCUCAUGUCCUAGUCUGGUUGCCUCUGGACUUAAGAUAAUUUUUGUAGCCCAGCCGGUGAUGAACCAGAAGGUGGCGGUUUGAUUUCUGGUCAGGGCACAUGCCCGGGUUUCUGGCUCGAUCCCCAGUAGGGGGUGUGAGGGAGGCAGCUGAUCGAUGAUUCUUCCUCAUCAUUGUUGUCUCUAUCUCUCACUCCCUCUCCUGUUCUCUCUAAAAUCAAUAAAAAUAUACUAAAAAGAAGAUAAUUUUUGUAAAUGGCACAGCACAUGUGUGGGAGGGUGACUUGGGGAGAUUUCAGUUUGUUUUCCCUUCCCCCUUCCAGAAGGCAGCCAUGUCACCGUGUGCCCUUUCAGGAGCGGGGAGCAACUUCUCCCCAACCAGGAGGCAUGGAGGCCCUGGCCAGUGCAGGGACCCACAGCUGCUCGCUUUCUGUGAAAGCCUGUGAGGGAGGCAAUACCCAGAGAAGCAAGUGCAUUGGGGCAAGGAGGCGCCCACUGCUGGCGGGCAACUGGAGUGUUCCUUAUUAUUAUGAGUUGUUAUUUACUGCUCCUCACCCAAGGAUAUGUGUCCAUUGAUUUGAGAGAGAGAAACACCAAUCAGUCGCCUCUCAGAUGAGCCUCGAUCAGGGAUUCAACCUGAAACCUGGGUAUGUUCCCUGACCGGGAAUCAAACCGUGACCUCCUGGUUCCUAGGUCGACACUCAACCAGAGCCAUGCUGGCAGGGCCAGACUUUGAUGACCUGACAAUUGGGAGGACUGGUCAGGUGUAUUGUAGAAUCCCUUUAAGUGGGGUUUACCUGGUGUUUCUCUCCUGAUUAAACGGGGGUGAUGGAUUUGGGGGAGGAAGACCGCAAAGGUGGGGUGACCUUCUCAGCACACCAUAUCAGGGCAGUACUGUCGCCACGGCUGAUCACUGUGGUGUGAUGUUGGUCACCUGGCUGAGGUUGUGUCUGUCAGGCGUCUCCUCCCUACAGGUGCUCCUUCCCCCCUUUCCAGGCUGUGUUCCUUGGGGGGAGGUGCCUGUGCACUACCCACACUUAGGGAUGGGAGGCACGUUCCAGCUCCUGGAGGGCAGGGCUCAGCAUUCCGAGGACACUGGGUAUACAUGUAUCAGCACGGACCCACAUACAGUCAAGUGGCACUUUGGU